AUGGAGGCUGCCGUGGUUGGAUCGGGGAGGCGUAGAGGGAGAAAAAGGAAGACAAGGGAUGUAGAGAAUGUAACAGUGGAUCGUGAUGGCAAGACGAAGAUAAUGGAGACUAGGAUGAAUUACGAGGAUGGUGAUUAUGAGGAUUUGGAGAGUGGAGAAUUGAAGGUGCUUUUGGUUGCAGAUAGCAAAUUAAUUGGUGAAUGGUUGGAGAGAAAAAAGAAAUUGGAUGAGCUAUUGUUAAGUAAAGAUGUAAAGGGAAAGAAUUCUAAAUUUGAAAAUGCACUCAAGCCAGCAAUUGCUACUAUCGAUAGUAAUAUUGAAGCAUUGCUGAUAAGUUUGCCCACAAACGGUGGGGUUGGUGCUAUUGAAGUGGAGAAGGUUCAAGAAAAAGCUAUUAUUUGCACGGAUGAUGUUAGUCUGGAGAAGGAAGCACGUGUUGUUCCUCCACCAGAAUUGCCUCCUUCUUCCGGGCACAUUGGUGUCCCAGAGAAGUAUAUUUCACACCUUUUCUCUGUAUAUAGUAUUUUACGUUCAUUUAGUGUCCAGCUGUUUCUGUAUCCUUUCGGAUUGGAUGAUUUUGUGGGGGCACUUAACUGCUCUGUCGCGAAUACUUUGUUGGACUCUGUACAUGUUGCUUUAAUGUGUGCCUUGAAGCGCUAUAUUGAAAGGCUCUCGUCUGAAGGUUCAGAGCUUGCAUCAAACUGCUCGAGGUGCUUGGGUUGGAGUUUGCUUGAUUCAUUGACUUGGCCAGUUUACUUGGUCAACUAUCUAAUGAUUAUGGGAUAUAUAGAUGGACCUGACUGGAAAGGAUUUUACAUUCUUUCCCUGGAAAGAGAUUAUUAUACUUCAUCUGUUGGAAGGAAGCUAAUGAUUUUGCAAACUUUGUGUGAUGAUAUUCUGGAUUCUGAAGAGCUAAGAGUAGAAAUUGACACGCAUGAAGAAUCAGAAGUUGGAAUAGACUCAGAUACAGGGACAACGGUUGCACCUGCUGGUGGACCGACAAGAGUUCAUCUGAGAUAUUCUAAAACUUCUGCCUGCAAGGACAAAGAUGCAAUGCAAAUCAUUGCAGAACGCCAUGAGAUUAAGCCGUCUCUUAAUUCUCAUUCUUUGGGGUCUGAAAUAAUCGGACCAAUCGAGAGCUCUGUUGUUGGCCAGGAUGUUAAUGGGGAUGAAUGCCGUCUUUGUGGUAUGGAUGGAUUUCUGCUGUGUUGUGAUGGUUGCCCGUCGUCUUACCAUUCAAGAUGUUUGGGACUCUGUAUAUGCCAGAAGGGUUAUGGUAAUGUCCCGAGUGUAAAAUAA